AUGGACGGGAGCUCAGCAGCAGCCACCAUGGAGACCCCGAGACGAGCCGGACCCCCCCCGGUGCCCACGGUGCUGGAUGAGCUCAGCGUCACCCUGUCUCCAGAAGAGACACCAAAUCCCUUCUACGAGCUACUUCCAGGAUCUAACAGCAGACACUUCUACACUCAGGUGAAACCGUCCUCAGGCCGUCUCCUCAGCAGCAGCCGGUCCUUGUUGCUAGGCAACCUGGGACACAACAGCAGACUUCUCUCUGUUGGUUUGAUAUUUGUGUUUGAAUGUUCAGUGUCCAACAGAAGCUUUGUCGUGCUGCAACACAACUGGACUCAGAUAUUCAGCGGUGAGACGAUCUCUGUCAGGUGUGAGAUCCAGGGAGGAGGAGACACCCAGUGGGAAUAUGAAUGGAGGACAACAAGCUCCCACCAACCAGUCACUGGUCCAGACACAGCUCCCACACACAGUGAAUACAGGCUGGGCACUGCCUCUGUUUUCCACAGUGGAGAGUACUGGUGUAAGGCCAGAGCGGACUGGUAUUCCUCAACAGAGUGGAGCGAGGCCUUCCAGCUGAGAGUAACACCCGAUAAACCCAGGCCCAGGCUGACUGCCGAUAACACAACCCUCACAGGAAAUGGAAGCGUAGCACUGAGCUGCUCUGUGGAGAACCCGUCUGAGUGGAGAUACGACUGGUUCAGAAGAACCUCAGCCUCCUCUGCAGCUCAGAUCCUAAGAUAUAAUGAAACAGAUGAUGGAAUCAGCAUCUCAGAGGAAGGCAUCUACAGCUGCAGAGGACGGAGAGGAGACACAACCUUCCUCACAGAGGACAGCAACCGAGUCACAAUAGAGAACAGAGUUUCCCACAAGGCGUCUGUGGCCCUGCAGCCUGACUGGUCUCUGGUCUUCAGCGGUGAGACGAUCACUGUCCGGUGUGAGGUCCCUGCAGAUGUACCAGCUGAGUGGGAGUAUGAAUGGACCAAACCCAACUCAACUACGGUUCCAACACACGAUGAAUACAGGAUUGUCAAUGCGUCCUCGUCCGACAGUGGAAGCUACAGGUGUUUGGCUAAAGACAAGAAGAACUUGAAUUCCACGACCAAGUGGAGCGAUGACGUCACAUUAACAGUUUCUGAAAGACCAGCGGCGAACCUGAGUGCUGACCACAGAGCCUUUCCAGUAGGGGGCAGUGUGCUCCUGACCUGCUCCGUGGGCCCAGCAUCACCUGGAUGGAAGUAUUAUUGGUUCAGAGGUGAGAAAACCUCGGAGCCCCUGACGGAUGAGGAUUUCAAGUCCCAUGGACAAAGUGCUAGUGCCUCACGUGAAGGACUGUACUGGUGCAGAGGAGGAAGAGGAGAUCCAGUUCACUACACCCAGUACAGUAACUCAGUCAGGAUUCAUGGAAUCGUCCACAACAGAGCUGCUGCGACUCUUCAACCCAACUGGCCGAACAGAUACAGAGGAGAAGCCGUCACCCUGAGGUGUGAGAUCCAGGGAGGAGACUCUGAGUGGGAGUAUGAAUGGACAGCAACCAGCUCACAGGCACCUCCCAACACAAAGGAGUUCAGGAUCAGUCUGGGGUCAGAUCUGAGCGGCAGCUACUGGUGUCAGGGCCGACUGAAAGGUGCACGGCAGAACUCCACAGGAUGGAGUGCUCCCCUCACCUUGUCUAACGCGGCUGCACCACCACCUGUCGUCACUGUGUCUCCGUCAUGGCUGACUCCUGGAGCCUCCGGGACUCUCACCUGUGGGGGGGGUCCACAGCCGACUGCAGGGUGGAGGUUCUACUGGUACAGAGCUCACCCCAUUAGUUCGGAUCCAGUCCCCAGAUGUCCACAGUCAUCUCAAUUUGAUCCGCCUGAUAGGUACAUUCUUAACAAGUUCAGUUAUGAGCUGCUCCCAGGAAGCGACGGAGGAACUGAACAAAACUCCUUCGUCAUCCAAGGCCUGACGGAGUCAGCAGGUUAUGCAUGUCGAGCUGGAAGAGGAGACCCCGUGUUUUACACUGAGUACAGUGAGACAACGUGGGUGUGGUCUGGAGAUUCCUAUUCGUCAGUGUCUCUCACAGUGAGUCCGGACUCAGUGCAGCACUUCUAUAGUGACAAGAUCCAUCUGACCUGCAAGGGAAACUCUGCUAAGUGGAGAUUGUGGAUGUUUACUGAAGACGAAGUAGAAUUGUGUGACUUCCUGUCUGAGUGGGAGCUGGUUUCCUUCUGGUCCCACCAGUGUCUCCUCAGCCAGUUGCUCAUGUCUGCAGUGGUCAGCUGGUCUUUGCCCAGUGAAGCUCUGCAGCUGAUGGAUGUUUCCUCCACAUGA